AGUCAGAUUUUUUUAAAUUUCUUUAAAAAUAAUCAGGAUUCAAAUAAGGGAAACUGUUGCACCGUAAAAAAUAUGUGGACAAGGUUUCAUUCAUGACGAAAAAGACACGAAAAUUUGUAGAUGCGUGUGAUUGGAGUUUUAUGGCUUUUUACUGCAUCAGGCUCCAGCAGCUUUUGGAGCUUUUACGUCUCUCCGUGCUUUUGGUUGGUCCAUUAGAUGGGUAAUAAAAACUAGUUUGUUUUUUUUUAUUUAUGGAUGUGACAAAAAUAACGGUACAAGCUAAACAUUUUCUCAUCGUCUUAUAUAUUUAGACAGGAACAAAUAAAGUUUAUUUUUUCGGUUGUGUAUUAAUGCUAUAAAAAAAGGUUGAUUUACCUUCCCAAAACUCAAGCAUGCAAACGUUGUUAAAGCUAAAACGUCAAAUUUGAGCUGAAAUUAAUUGCUAAAUGCCCUCGACUCAACAACAGACGCGAAUCGAAUCAAAAGUUCUGCCUAGAUUAGAGCGAAACCGGACGUACCGCGAGCGCGACGACGACGACGCGUCGGAAUAAGGUCAGGCUCCUAAUUGAAGCUAUACGCUUCGUUGAGCCGUGAUCCAAACUGACCUUGGAGUUUGUGUGAGCUUUUAGAUUCCAAAUUUGAGGAAUAAGUUAGAUUGGAGGGACAAAUAUAUUUGAAUCCAAUCCUUUUUUAGAUUUGUUGAAAUAAAAUUAAGUGCUUCUAAAAUUAAGUUAUUAAAGAAUUGUCGAUUGCUUCAAAAAUCGUUUUGAAUUUUACAGAAACGAAACAAAGCAUUCCAGCCAACAACAAUUCUUUGUUGUGAAAAAAAGUGCUCCAUUUUCUCAUCAUGACACAAUGGGCAUCACAAAAGGCAAUCGUGCGACGGUAAUUUAUCGCUGUUGAUUACGUUUCCAGCCGGCAAAACGUUAACUAAAUUGCUCUCGAAUGUGUCGUGGUGGUCAAAGCUGGCUCAGUGUGAAGUAGAACGCCGGACCGUGAAUGAAAUGUGAUCACACUUCUUGACGGAAACCCUGAGGGUGAUGGACUAAAGGACUAAAGUUUAAUGUAGCUACAGUGCUAAGAUUAUGCUUGUGAGUUUUUAUUAGUUUCAGCGUAUCUAAAUAACUAUUGACCCAAUUUUCAAAGUCAAAAAAGAAUCCUUUGUUAAAAUUCCUCAUCUCUUUGGAAAAAAACUUAAUUUCAAAAUCACGACUGUAAAGUUGCACAAGACACCAAAUCUAUCAAAAAAUCCCUUCUCAAGAUACAGGUUUUUGAACGUUUUAAAAGCACUUUCGUAUGGAAAGUUUCCAAGUUUGUAAAUAAAAGAAACACAAAAUUAGGAAUCACAAAAAAAUUACGAAGAGCUAGAGAAUUGCCCAAUUUGUAUUUUUUUUAUCCGACAGAGUAUUCCGAAUGUAUUCCAAUAAUUUGCAAAUUCAAACCCGAUCCAACAACUCUGGGAUUAUAAACAGGCGUGACCGCUAGUGGGAAACCACUUUGUAUGUGAUUUAUUGACGUGAUUCAGCAAUUUAUUGCACAUGCCGGCUCUUGAAAAAACUUCAAUUAUCAAAAUUGCAAAACAAUUUCAACAGACUUCAGAUUGUAAAGGAAGCCGUCACACCAACAUCAGCAAAACUAUUGCAUUGCUGCUCAGCUACCUCUGAAUAAGUACAAAAACCGAAACAAUUGUGUCUUGAAGCUGAAGAAAAAGUGAAAACCGGACAAGUGCUAAAAUAAAAUUUCAUCUCCUCAAGAUUGUUUUGUUUGUGAACGCAAAAGAUUGACACAGUGCCUUUUUAUCGUAAAAACUUCGUGGACAGAAGAAGCAUACAGUGAACAACCCAACUCAGUGAGUUUCAGCUGGAAAUUGCAGAGUCUGAUCGAGUGCGACAAGUGGACCACGUGUUGAUUGUCACUCUUCAUGAACUGACUGGCGCGUCCCCUCGGAAAUGUGCCCUCCUCAGUGAAAUGUGGACAUUGUUCAGCAAUUUGUCCAAUUCAGUUGCUCAGUUUGGAUUAAGUGACUCGUAACGACACAAAAAAGUGUGUGUGCUCUCUUUGAAUCUCAAAGUUUGGAGGAAAAACCAAGUGAACUCCGGCAAUGCCACCCACCGAAGCCACAAUUCCGCUGGCGGAACCGAGUCGGGCCAAGAAGCCCCAGAUCGUCGCAGCCGGGAACGGCGCAACCCAGAACGGCGCCAACGGUGACUAUCGGAGGAAGUCAUCGACCGUGCCGGCGGGCGAAGAACUUGGCGCGUCGGAGGGCGAAUCCGCUGGCAAUGUGGCGCAACUGAGCUGGCUCGGAAGGCUCUCGUACAACGUGUCGAUUGCGAUUGGACAGUUUUUCUACAGAUUGGGCGUCCACAUCGCCAACAACCCAUGGCGCACGAUCGCGCUCAGCUGGCUCGUUGUGGGCCUGUGCGGGCUAGGCUUCUUCCGCUUCCACCAGGAGAAGAGCCCCAUGAAGCUGUGGGUGCCGCAGAACUCCAAGUUCCUGCACGACACCAACUGGAUGAUCGAACACUUCAAGGAGGGGAAUCGGGUCGAAACGGUAAUGCUGACGGGUUCGGACGUCCUGCGGCCCGAGGUGCUGCAACGGUUGGCCAACAUCACCGAGGACAUCGUGUCAGUCGCCGUGACCAACAGCAAGGGUGCGACGGUCAGCUGGAAGGAGGUUUGCUUCAAAGUGCCUUUGAUCGCGGAAUAUACGGCAAAGAGUCGGCGAAGACGUGAGGAAACGGUAGCUCCAACAAAACGCACCAAGAAGCCCAGACCUUUCAUGAACCCUAGCGUGGACCUCCCUAACUUUAUGUACUGCCCGAUCAUCAACAGACUCCCAGUGGGUUGCAUGGAGCUCAGCAUACUGGAGCUGUGGAAGUACGAUCGCGAGGUGAUCGCCGGGUUGACCAAGGAAGACAUUCUGGAAAAGCUCAACAGCACCAAGAUCAGUCCGGUCACCGGGCACACGAUCGACUACUCGGACCUGCUGGGUGGCAUCGAGCGGGACGAGAGUGGUCGUAUUGUGGGCGCGACCUCGCUGGUUUCCCACUGGAUGGUCCACGUUAACUACAGCGAGGUGGACGCCGAUGUGAGUGGAAAUGCCGCUGGCACUGAGGAUUGGGUCACGGAGGAUUCCAUGCUGUGGGAGGCGGCAUUCUUGGACAAGCUGCACGUGAUCAAGGGCGAGAAGGUCGAGGAAGGAUCGCUGUUGUACUACGCUGCGGGCCGCAGCUACGGAGAUAUCAGUGCGGACUCCAUGUUCAAGGACAUUGACAAGCUGGUGUUUGGAGGUGUGAUCAUGUUUAUCUACAUGCAGUUGGUGCUGUCCAAGUUCAGCUGGACUGAGUUUAGGAUAAUGUUGGGCUCGGUAGGUCUACUCAGCGUCGGCAUGGGUUUCGUGGCCGGGUGUGGCAUUGUGGCCCUGAUUGGGGUCUCGUACGGUCCGGUGCACACGUGUUUACCCUUUCUGCUGAUGGGUCUCGGCGUGGACGACAUUUUCGUGAUGAUGGCCUGCUACCGUAAGAUCCACGACACCCACUCGAAUUUACCGCUGGCCGAGCGGAUGGGUCUUACGCUGAAACAUGCCGGGGCGUCGAUUACGGUGACAUCGCUCACGGACAUUGUGGCUUUUGCGGUCGGAUCGAUUACGGUGCUGCCCUCGCUACAGUCGUUUUGCAUCUACGCCGCGUUCGGCGUGCUAAUGAUGUACCUGUUUGUGAUAACGUUCUACGUGGCGGUAUUCACCCUGGACGAACGAAGAAUCGCUGCGCGAAGAAAUUCUUUCGUGCCGUGGGUGAUCCACGACGAAAAAUCUACCAGACUUUGGUGCCAGUACGACCUUAUGCACCGAGCGCUGAACACCGUCUACUCGAAGGUCAUCCUGACCACGCUGGGCAAAACCGUCAUCAUUCUGACGGUGGUCAUCAUGACGGGUCUCAACAUUCAGAAUCUGCUAAAUCUACGCCAGAAGUUUGACCCGCACUGGUUCAUUCCCGAGGACACCUACUACAGCAAGUUUGUCCUGAAAACGCGCGAGCAAUUCCCAAACAAUGGAUACGAAGCAAUGCUGCUAUUCGGCAGCUACAACUACACAGCCGAGUUGAAAGGUCUGCUUCACCUCACCCACGAGCUGGAAAACCGCACCGACAUCCUGCACAGCGUCAAUUCCUGGCCUGCGGCAUUCCAGGACUUUGUGCACACCUAUUACGAUAAGGACAUCGGUGAAGUUGUGCUGAGCGAAUCGAAAUUCCGCGACUACCUGUCAAAGUUCCUGUUCAGCAACGACGGUGGCCGCUACCAGAUGAACUUCAAAUUCUCCUCCAAGCUUACCUGCGGCGAACCGGUCCCGAACAUAACGGUUACCACCAUCGACUUCAAGUUCAAGCCGUUCUCGGAACGCGAGCAGUACAUUCCGGCCAAGUACGCCGUCGAGGAGAUCCUCUCGCAUCAUCAGUUCAAAACCGGGGACCAGUACAAAACGCUGUGGGCCAAAAUCUUCGGCAACUGGGUCACAGACGAAAUCAUCGACACCGAGAUCUACCGCAACGUUGCGCUCGCCAUGGUUGGCGUAAUGUUCUGUUCGGCGGUCUUAAUAGUCAAUCCCCAAAUCUGCUUCUGGAUCUUCAUUUGCGUCCUGCUCACCAUCCUCAACGUCGGCGGUUUCAUGCAGCAGUGGGGUCUCACCCUCGAUCUCUGCUCGUGCAUCGCACUCCAGCUUGCCGUAGGACUCUGCGUUGACUACGCGGCGCACAUUGGACAUACCUUCCUAACGGUCAGCCAAGGAAACCGCAACAAGCGAACACUAGAAACAGUGCUCCACAUCGGCGCAGCCGUCCUGUACGGCGGUGGGUCAACAAUUCUAUCCCUCGCAGUACUUUCCGGUUCCGAGGCGUACACCUACCGGACGUUCUUCAAAAUAUUCCUCCUGGUAAUUCUACUCGGCCUGUUCCACGGCCUCGUACUCCUUCCAGUGAUCCUCAGCCUGGUCGGUCCUCCCCCGUACAGCGGGUUCGUUGACGAUCCGCACAAACUGCCCAGUGACAUCGAGAAGGAAAUGCAACCCAUCACCGACGAUCAGAAGCGAAACAGUCGCGCAAAUGGGAAGCUAGCCCAAAGCGAGGAGGAGAAGACACCGAUCAACGAGCUAGCUUAAACGCACAGAGCACGCGUUCAGGGCGUUCCAUGACUUAAACCUCUAGGUGCUAAGCGUAGUGAGUUCAACGGGAGCACAAAGUGCACAAAACAGCAUUGUUCGAUAUCGCCGCCGUUGCUGCGAUAGUGCGGUGCAGAACGGCAGGAGUGUCGAGAGGCCAUUGUGAUUCUAAUCAAUUAAGGUUGGAGAAGUAUUAUUAUUAUUUUUCGGAAGUCAUUAACUUUUAAGAAAAUCUGGAUGAGUGAAAAUAAAGACAAUCUGCUAAA